GUUGCAGACUCCGCAACUCACGUGGAAAAUUUUCCAGAGCUUCAUGAAUUCCCCAAUUUCGAUAUAUCUUACCAAGGACUAAUAUCCGAAUAAUUUGCUCUUUUUGCAUUUGGAUUAUCUCUAAACAAGCGUGCAAUAUACUCAAUUCUCCAAUUCCACCUGACGUCCCCGAGAAAACCGCUUACGCUCCCCAUGUCGAGCGAGGAAUCGGCGCAGCCGUCGCAUGCGUCGGCGUCGAAAAAGGCAGGACGCAAGCCCAAGCACGCGAAGGAUACGCCUGCAGUAGAAGACGGUGAGGCCAAGGAAGUUGAUAAGAAGGACAAGAAAGCCAAGGACAAGAAGAAAAAGAGCAAGUCCAGCGAUGGACAGAGCAAUGAUGACGACGCAGUGACGACGGACACGGCCGAGAAGAAGCAGAAGCAGAAGGAGAAGAAGAGCAAGAAGAGACGGCUUGAUGAUGAGAAUGACAGGGAGGAGAAAGCGGCUGCUGAGCCGGAGUCUGAGUCUCAGCAGCGGCGCAAGAAGAAGAGGGUGUCUUUUUCGGCGGAUACCGUGAUGCGGGACGCUGAGGAGAGCGAGAGUGUGAACCGCCCUGAAGUUAAGGAUGAUUCGAAAAUUAAUGGGGACGCUGAAGAGGGUCAGGCUCCCCCUGCUACGGAGGAACAGGUUGACGCGGAUGACGAGGGCGAGAAGAAAAAGAAGAAGAAGGAGAAGAAGAAAAAGAAGAAGGAUCAGUCUGUUACGACUGCUUCGGACACUACGCCAGCGUCUCACGAGCCCCCUUUCCUUUCGUAUCUCAAUCUAUACCACCAGAAUCGAUCCGCUUGGAAAUUCCAGAAGAACCGCGAGACGCAUCUAUUCAAACACAUCCUGUCUUUGGAACAUGUUCCUGCGAGCUACAACGCCGCAAUUCUUUCUUAUCUCAAGGGAUUGAAAAGCGAGGGUGCCAAGCAACGGCUACGACAGGUUGCUGAGGAGGUUGUGAAAGCUGAAAUGGAGGAGGAUAUGGCAAAAGAGCAAGCAGCGGAGACGGAGGACAAACCCGAAUCUGAUAUGACAGGCUACAAUAAGGCCGUGGAGGCCUUUAGAACACGCUUGUCGCAAGGCAAAGACGAUUUCGACGAGAUUGAGACACCUGAUUCGCUUGAAGGAGAACAACUGGCGAAGCUUCAGAGACGGCAGCGAGCGGAGCUCGUGCUGUUUGCUGUCAGCGGGAAGUUGUUCUACCUCGAGAAAACAAAAGCGAAGCGGGGACCGAGCACCCAGGCUCCGCCUGCCAAGAAGAAGAAGAAGAACCGGACCGCUUUCGUGGAAAUUUCGAGCAGCAGUGACAGCGACAGCGACAGCGAGAAGAAGCCCAAAAAGGCCGCAAAGCCGAAGAAAGUCAGCUCUAGUGAAAGCCAAUCGACGGAUUCGAGCAGCGAUAGUGAUGACAACGGCAGCCACAAAAAGAAAGCUACAAGGAAGAAGGAGGCCAGUUCAAGUGAAAGUUCCAGCGACUCGUCGACAGACGCUAGCAGUGACAGCGAUUGAAAGUACACAUUCAAGGGCUUCGACCCUCUUCAUUCUCUGGAUGUCUUCGGCGGCUCGGUUGAUCAGCAUAUAUAGUUCAAGCGUCACAUUUACCCCAUAUAGAACUUUACAAUAUGGAGGGACACUAGCAUCUCAUGUAUAGCAUUGCCGUGCGUAUUGUAUUAGUCAAAAGCUGGUAUUUGGCUGGGGUUGUACGGAGUUCUUGCAGGUUACGUGGUGAUCUCUCAAAAUGUGUAUCUAGGG